AACAAACUUGAGAGAGAGUUUCACACCCACAGAAGAAGAGAGAAAAUUUCUAGAGAGAGAAAGUCUGCAAUGGCGAACGAGAAGCCACUGAGGAAAAUUGCAGAAGCAUUCAAGGAGCUGGAGGCCGCCGUGAAAUCGGAGACCGGCGAAGUGGAGGUGGCGCGGUUCUCGCAGGCUUGCUCUCUCGUCUCGCCGCUGUUCGGGUGCUUAGGGAUCGCUUUCAAGUUCGCCGAGAUGGACUACGUCGCAAAGGUGCAUGAUCUGGCGGAGGCGUCGAAAUCAAUCUCGACCCUACACGUGUUGGUGGACCGGGAUAUGGAGGCGGGCACUGUGAGAAAGGCGGGUGGUCAUGCGAGGAAUUUGCUGAGGGUGAAGCGUGGGAUUGAUAUGGUGAAGGUGCUGUUUGAGCAGAUUAUAGUCACCGAGGGAAAUUCCUUGAAGGAUCCAGCUUCCAAGGCAUAUCAACAGGUGUUUGCACCCCAUCAUGGGUGGGUCAUCAGGAAAGCUGUUGCUGCCGGGAUGUAUGCGCUUCCUACAAAAGAACAACUGUUGCACAAACUCAAUGAAGAUGAGACCUCGGCAAAAGCUCAAAUGCAAAAUUAUGUUGCCGCUUCAGCACCUCUAAUUCUGUACAUCGACAAACUCUUCCAGACAAGGAAUUUGGGUGUAGAUUGGUAAAAGAGGAGUACAUUGUAUUUAUGCAGAUCCAUCUAAAAUUGUCUAUUCCAUCUAUAUUUAUAUUAGGAACUUCUGUCUUAUGAAUUGAUUACAAAAGAAAAAAUUCACUUUGGCUUGUACUCUUAUUUUAACUUUUAUGAAGGUUAUUAGUCUAGUUGGAUCU